CCCAGCAACGAGGUCUAAAACGGUUCAGUUAUUGACUAAUCCUACUCCAACAUGGUUCACGUUUCGCUGCUGCGCUUUUACUUUGAGUUGAGUCGCCUCAUUGGCCUGUGUAAUCUGCACUACGAUCCGCAACAUCAGUGCCUUGUGCGCAAUCAUGUGCCCACUGUGGUGUAUUGCCUCGUCCUGGAUGUGAUCUAUGUGCUGGUCAUGCCCUCUGCCUUCGCCCUGCUGGCGGGUAACAUUUCCGGCUGCAAGAACCUCGGCAUGUUCGGCGUCGUUUACAGUGUGAUGGGACAGGCCAAGCUGUUCACCAUGAUGCUGCUCAUUGGCAGCGUCUGGCUGCGUCGUUGCCGCAUUCAAGCGCUGGCCAAUGAUUAUCUAAAGCUGAUGUCAGAUUUCCGCAGCGACUUGCAAAGCAACUGCCGAAGGCUCUGCCUGUGGAAGGUGGCCAUGACGAGCUCCCGCUUUAUAAUGCUCAUCCAAGCCCUCCUGUCGUCAAAUUCUUUGGUGCACUGCAAACGCUCGAUAGAUCGGGCCGAUGUGGCGCCCUACUAUGUGGCCUCAAUGGUUUUUGCCGUGAUCAUGGAGCUAAUGGUGUGCUUUGCGGACUUUACGGUCUACAUGAUCCAAGUCUCUGGCAAUUGCUUGAUCUCGAACAAGACGGAACGGCUGCAGGAAAUGAUUGAUGAUGUGGCGGUGCUGCCAAAGCGUUUGGGUCGUCCACGCGACAUGGGCCUCAGGCAGGUUCUGAGCGCCUGGCUGUCACUUUGGCAUCGCUGCCAGCAGCUGGAUGAUCUGCUCAGGCAACUGCGUGAGAUCUUUCAGUGGCAAAUGCUUUUCAAUUUGGGCACCACGUAUAUCUUCAAUAUUGCCACCGUCUUUCGCCUGUGGAUAUACAUGGAGUACGCCAAGAAUUUCAGCCUGUGGAAAUGCCUCUUUUUCGUCUUUGUGGCACUCGCUCACCAUGUCGAGAUCAUGAUGCAGUUCUCCAUCUUCGAAACAACUAGCACCAAGUGGCUGCAGCUCCGGGAGCAGCUACAAAAUCUCUGGUUUGCGAAUCAGUCACAGAAUGGCGCAGGUCUCACCUCGGAAGUGGUGCUCUCCAGGAAGUUGGAAUUCGCCAUUCUUUACCUCAAUCGGCAGCUGCAAACGCGGCCGCAACGCGUGCGACGCCUACACAUUGUGGGCCUCUUCGAUCUGAGCCGUGCCUCCGGCCACGCCAUGACCGCUUCUGUAUUCAGCAAUGCGCUGGUCCUGUGUCAGAUUGCCUAUAAAAUAUAUGGAUGA